GCCCCAGUCGCGUUUGUCCGCGAGCGAGUCGCGUGUGGCACGAGGUAGGUAUACGAACGGCGCGCGCGAUGCCGCAGUCGAGCGAGAGCGAGGAGCGAGCGCCCAGCUUCGACGAGCUGACGGCACUGUACAAGCGGUUCUUGAGGCUGUUCGCGCUGCUGCCGCUCGAGGGCCGGGACUUCUCGGGGGCGGUGAGCCGACUGAUCCUCGUCUACUGCCUCGCCUGGAGCAGCGUGUACUGGAGCAUGAUGGUGUUCUACGUGGCGAGUCUGAGCGGAGCGCCGACGGUGGACGCGAUAUGCGAGACGGUGGUGGUGGUCGGCGUGAGCCUGCGCUACUACCUGCUGCUGCUGCGCCGCUCGGAGCUGGUCGCGCUGAUGGACGAGAGCCGGGCGAUCUGGGAGGCGUGCGGCGGCGGCGGCGGCGAGGGUCGUCGGGCGGUGCACCGCUUCGAGCGCAAGGUCCGCCGGCUGUUCAAGUUGCUGCUGGGCAGCUGCUGCUUCACCAUCCUCAUGUUCUCGGCGAGCGCCGCCAGCGCGACGCGCCACAGCGCCGCCGCGGCCAACGGCACCGAGCACGCGCGCUUCCUGCCCUUCAAGUGGUACUCGGAGCGCGGUCCGGACCUCUGGCCGGGCUACGGGCUGAACUUCGCGCUGCAGCUGCUGGUCACCCAGAGCGCGGGCAUGGCCGCGGCCACCGUCGACUCGACCGGGGCCUUCCUCCUGAUGCUCGGCGCCGGCUACUUUCGCGCGCUGCGCCGCCGGCUGCUGCGCGCCGCCGACCGGCCCGCGAGCGCCGACUCGGAGCUGCUCGCCUGCGUGCGCCUGCACCAGCGGGUCCUCGGGCUCUGCUCGAGGACGGACAAGCUGACGGGAGGCCUGUUCUUCGUGCAGCUGCUCUGCACCGGCUACAACCUGUCCCUCAUCGGCAUCAAACUCGCCGGCACCGACCCGGACAGGUUCAAGUUCGUGCCGCUCCUGCUGGCCAGCCUGAGCGCGCUGUUCAUCUGUCAGUGGGCCGCGGACCACCUCAUCCAAGAGAGCACGGCCAUCUCGACGGCCGCCUACUCGGUGUCGCUGCCCUGGAUGGGGCGUCGAAUGGGCAAACUGCUGGUCCUCGUGAUCGCCAGGUCACAGCGGCCCGUGCAGAUGACCGCCGCCGGUGUCGUCCACUUGUCCAUCGAGAACUUCGGCUCGGUGAGGCCGCGCGUCCACGACCCUGCCACGCUCUACACGCUCUGCUUUCCACGUAGAUGCUCACCAGCGCAGUCUCCUUUUUCACCGUGCUGAGGAGCUUCAAUCUCUGAACAAUGGGCCUGAUUCCGAUCGCACCAUCGUCGAUAGAAUAACGACGUAUAGUAACGGCAUAGUUGCGAUGUAUCUAUAAAUGUUAUCGAACUCGGCUGUUUGUCUAGCACAUUUCAACAAUGCCACAGCCGGGCCCACGUGCAAGUGGUAAAUAUUUGUUUCAAUGUUCCCUUGGCUAGUGUACCUCUCGUUCUACUUUGCUGUACCAAUCAUUACCUAAACUGGUUUUAUCGUGUACUCAGAAAUUUCU